AAGCAGUACAACAUCCAAGCCGCACUCACAUAAAAAGCCCCACCCACCCUUCAGUUUCUCCCAUCUCACUCUCUCUCUCUCUAAGAAAAACCUGUCUUCUUUCUCUUAAGCCUUAGCAUCAACCAUGUCUGCUUUCAGGGGCAAAUACGCUGAUGAGCUCAUUGCCAAUGCUGCCUACAUUGGCACCCCUGGAAAGGGUAUUCUUGCUGCUGAUGAGUCAACUGGAACAAUCGGCAAACGUUUUGCCAGCAUCAAUGUUGAGAAUGUUGAAUCAAACAGGCGUGCUCUUCGUGAGCUCCUCUUCACCGCCCCUGAUGUGCUCCAAUACCUCAGUGGAGUGAUUCUCUUUGAAGAAACUCUCUACCAGAAGACAGCCUCAGGCAAGCCAUUCGUUGAUGUAUUGAAGGAAGGAGGUGUUCUACCUGGAAUCAAGGUUGACAAGGGCACUGUUGAGCUUGCCGGAACCAAUGGUGAGACCACAACCCAGGGUCUAGAUGGGCUCGCCCAGCGUUGCCAAAAGUACUAUGAAGCUGGUGCCAGGUUCGCAAAAUGGCGUGCUGUCCUCAAGAUUGGUCCCAAUGAGCCAUCUCAGCUGUCCAUUAACGAAAACGCUAAUGGCUUGGCUCGGUAUGCUAUCAUUUGCCAGGAGAAUGGCCUAGUGCCCAUCGUUGAGCCAGAGAUCCUGGUUGAUGGACCCCAUGACAUCGAGAAGUGUGCUGAUGUGACUGAGCGUGUUCUUGCUGCAUGCUACAAGGCUCUUAAUGACCACCAUGUCCUGCUUGAAGGAACUCUCUUGAAGCCCAACAUGGUUACUCCAGGAUCUGAUGCCAAGAAGGCUUCACCCGAAGUGAUUGCUGAGUACACAGUCCGUGCCUUGUUGCGCACUACUCCUGCAGCUGUCCCUGCUGUGGUGUUCUUGUCUGGUGGACAGAGUGAGGAGGAGGCUACCCUCAAUCUUAAUGCCAUGAACAAGCUCAAGGGGAAGAAGCCAUGGUCUCUUUCCUUCUCAUUCGGAAGGGCUCUUCAGCAGAGCACACUUAAAGCCUGGGCAGGAAAGGAGGAAAACAUUGGAAAGGCACAGGCUGCUCUCCUCACAAGGGCCAAGGCCAACUCAGAGGCUACCCUCGGAAAAUACAAGGGUGAUGCAAAGCUUGGUGAAGGUGCUGCCGAGAGUCUUCAUGUCAAGGAUUACAAGUACUGAAGAAAUUUACAGUUCUUGCUUCUCUUGUUUUGUUUUUGGAAAACUAUUUUGCGGUAUGUGUAUGACUCUGUCAUUCUCGGGCAUAUAGUGUUAGGGAUUUUUCAAAUUUCUGUUCUUGCUCUCGGUUUUUAGGAUGUUGGUAGAAUAAGAAGCUUGAGGACGAUUGGCAUAUGUUGAGUUUGAUAAAUGUUUUUCUCUUUCCUCUUCAAAA